AUGGACAGUAAUGAGACAUCUCUUGAGGAGAAAAAAUCCAAUUUAGAGAAUGAAAUUAAAGGGUUAAACAAGAUUAUAUUAGAAUUUCAGGAAGUCUCGAAAGUUAUUGAACAUUUACCUGAAAAAAAUCAGCAUGAAAUAAUGGUUCCAUUAGGACCUUUGGCUUUUUCACCCGGAUAUAUCACAAAUACCAACCAAGUACUUAUGCUUUUGGGAUCUGAUAUAUAUGUUCAAAGAACAACAAAAAAUGCCCUUAAAACUAUUACGAAUAGACUUAAACUAGCUGAACAAUGCCUUGAAAAUGCAAAUAAAGAAAUGGACCAUAUAAAUAAAUCCCUAAAGCUUUUUGAUGAAGUUGGAGAUACCAAAGGAGUUUUUGAGCAAAAGACCCAUAAAUUACAUUAUUUAAAAAACGAAAAUGCAAUUGAAAUACUUGAAGAGAUAGCUGAUGAUUUUCUAGACAUAAAUACACCUCCUCCUUUACCUACAAAUAAUUUAAGUAUUCCAUAUAUUCCUUCACAUCAUGUAGAAACAUCUGAUAUUAAUACCAUACAUGAAGAAUUUGAUUCUAUGAGUAUUGAGAAAUAUAAAAUUACUCAGAAUUCAAAUAGUAAAUCUAAUCAUCCUAAGUCUUUAUUUAAACAAAGAAUUCAGGAAUAUAAAGCUCAAAAUAAAUCAUGA